UUAAAGUACAUUGUAUAAUUGAGAUUCUUACAUUUAAUAUAGUUUUACUAAGUAUCAUAAAAAUAGUUUUCAAUCAAAUUCAAAACUUUCUUAAAAACAAAACAUGUUCACUUUCAAGAAAAAAGAUUCUGGCUGUCAAAACAGAAAAAAUGCGGCAAAUAGGACAGCAAAUGAGCAAAAAAAUAAACGUACGCUCGAAGAUUGUGGUAUCCAAGUUAAAAAAAAUGACGGGGAUAGGCCUACAGUUUCCAGAUUUAUAUCUAUAAAUUCCUCUCAAUCACGUCAAGCUUUUGGAAUAGAUAGCUUUGAAAACGAUUCUUGUAAAAUUUUGUUGAACUCAGAAGAACCACUUCCUCCUUCGAGUGGCACGUUGGCAAUAUUGGCAACAAGAGUUGAAAAUGAAAACAAUAUUUUGCAUAAAGAUAAAUUGGAUGAGGCAAUUACUGCAAAGGAUCCUGCUUUGUGGGCUGAAAAUAUGUCCAAAGUAGAACGCGAUGCAGUUGUUCUUCAGGGGCCCCCUAAAAAUCCUUUAUCUUUUCCGAGAGACUCAAACAAGAUUAAGGUUCCUGAAUCAGUUUUCCACGAAAUAACUCGUAAUGGGGAGAAAAUAAACAGAGAUUGACUUGUUUUGAGUGCAACUUCAAAAUCAUUUCUUUGCUUUCCGUGCUCACUUUUCGGAAGCAAACAAGCCUGCGGGGCUGGUAAUAAUUCACAUCUUCUACGUUGGAAUGGUGGCAUCAAUGGAAACUGGAGAAAGCUAGCUGAAAAAGUAAAAGGCCACCAAAACAAUCCUCAUCAUCGAGACAAUUACAUUAAGUGGAAAACAGCGCUGGAAAGCUUGGGAAAUCAAUGUGGGAUUGAUUCAAGUUUAGAAAAAUUGAUAAGAAAUGAGGCAGCCAGGUGGCGUGAAAUUUUAAAGUGCAUUUUAGAUGUAAUUCUCUUCUUAGUAUCACGCAACCU